UGAGAUAAACACAAGUCGGUUUAGUUUAAUCUUGGAAGCAAACUCAAAGGUACAACAACAAGCGAAGGUGAAAAGUAAAAAAAUCUCCUAUAGUGAAAGUGUACAAAAAUUAAGGAAAAUUCCAAAAUAUUUGCCAAAACAAGCGAAAUGGUUUAUACGCCCAUACCCACCGUUGUACCCGUUAGUCCGUUUGAUGCGGCUGCGGAUAGCCAGACUUUACGUGCUGCUAUGAAAGGCUUUGGCACCAAUGAGGAGGAAAUUAUAAAUAUUCUUACUACGCGUUCUAACGCCCAGCGCCAACAAAUUAAAUCCAAGUAUGAGACAGAAUUCGGUCGGGAUUUAAUAGAUGACUUGAAAAGCGAAUUGGGUGGAAAGUUUGAAGAUGUCAUUAUAGGUUUAAUGACUCCGCUCGUUGAGUAUCUUUGCCAGCAUUUGCAUGACGCCAUGGCUGGUAUGGGUACCGAUGAAGAUACCUUAACCGAAAUUCUAUGCACAAAAUCCAACGAGGAAAUGCAUGCAAUUGUCAAAGCUUAUGAAAAUAAAUAUGGCCGUCCUCUGGCGGAGCAAAUGUGUAGUGAAACUUCAGGCCAUUAUCGACGCUUAUUAACUUUAAUUGUAACUGGUGUUCGAGAUGCCGCAGGUACAGUUGAUCCAGGAAGAGCCAAAGAAGCGGCUGCCGAAUUGUACGCUGCUGGCGAAGCUAAAUUAGGCACCGACGAAGAAGUCUUUAAUCGUAUUAUGGCUCACUCCAGUUUUGAUCAAUUGAGUUUGGUUUUCGAGGAAUAUAAAGAAUUGUCCGGCCAAACCAUAGAGCAGGCCAUUAAACAUGAAAUGGAUGACGAAUUGCAUGAUGCUAUGAUGGCUUUAGUUGAAUGCGUGCAAUCUCCAGCUGCCUAUUUUGCUAAUCGAUUAUAUAAAGCUAUGGAUGGUAUGGGCACUGAUGACACCACACUAAUUCGUAUUGUAGUAUCGCGAUCGGAAAUUGAUUUGGGCUCCAUAAAAGAUGAAUUUGAACGAAUUUACAAUCGCACUUUAAGCAGCGCUAUAACGGAUUCUGAAACAUCGGGGGAUUACAAACGUGCCUUAAUUGCUCUCUUGGGCGGCGUUUAAAUGAAAAAUCUUCGAAAGCAAGCAAUCGUUGUCGGCAACUAGAAUGAGAACAUUCCAUAUUUUCGAGCAUUUGUAUUUGUUUUACAUUAAUAAAUCUUAAAGUGGAAGUAAAAUUCAACAUAAGAA